AUGGAUCCAGUCGAGUUGGAUUAUGAAGAGGACCGUGAUGCUUCAGACAAUCGGGAGGACUCGGAUCUCUCUGGCAACGAAUCCGGUUCCGGAUUGAGAGACAGGGAAGAUGAUGAGGAUCGCGACGGCAAGAACUUCGGCGAAGUGUCCAGAAAAUUCACCAAGAAGCGGGUUCAACGAAAUGCUGAGAUCACGGACGAUGAAGUCACGGAAUUCUACGACAGUCUCGGCUAUGAUCCUGUGAAGCAAUCAGCCCUUGUCGUAUACAUCCACGGUUCUGGCCUCGCCUCCGAGCACGAGUGUAUGAGAAUUUUCUCUGAAUAUCACCCCGAUGACGCCGUCAAAGAGCCGGAUGGACAUUUCCACAUGUUUGUCCAUUUCCGUGAUAGGACGGGACUUGUCCAGGUCUUGGAUUCGUCCGAAAUGGAGGAAGAGGAGGGUGUGCUGAAGGAGGUCGAUGGGGAAGACGUGGAGAUCGUUGACAAAGAAGUGGCCGGCUACAAGGCAAAGAUGCAUUUUGAUGACUACGUCAAAGUCGACAUCGACCAGCACGUGAUUCCAGACGGCCCUUGGCGAGUUUUGGUGAAGCAUGUCUCUGAUCGGUUCUUGGUGUUGCUGAGAUUCGCCAAAUAUGAAGAAAUCGCGAAUGCGAAGACAGAAACCUUGGACAUUCAGUCAAAGAGGAUGACCCGGAAGCGAAUCGCUUCUACUGAUGCAGAUGAUCAGGAUUUCGCACCUCGUGCUCCUCCACCUGGCCAAAACGUUUUUGCCCCCGAUGGCAAGGAAUUGACCUGGCGAUUCGAGCAUGACUUGCGGGCUUAUGAGAAAGCGGAUGGUACCAUCGAAAAAGAAGAAGACAAGUCCUUGAAGGAGUGGGGCAAGGAUGAUCAGCCAUCCACAGCAAAGAAAGUGCGCGGACGGGGAGCUUUUCGAGCUCAUCUCAUCGGUACGGGUGCCGAUACUAUGCGUGCCGAUACGGAAGCAAAGGAGCACGACGGCAAAAAGGAUCUUGAGGACGACGAGGAUGACUUCCAGACCGCCGAGAAAGCCAUUCCCAAGCCAAAAGUCCUGCCAAUCAAAUUUUCGCACGCGAAGAUGGCCGAACCGGAUGGGAACUUCGUUGAGAUGUGUCGAAUAUGUCAUAGACAACCCGGAAGACGACGUUAUGGAGCAUGGGCAUGCGACAGCUGCAAAAUAUUCUUUCUACGAAGUGCGACACGCAAGACACCCCAUGUCUGCGCGAGGGAAGGGCGAUGUCAAUUUCCCGAAGAAAAGUGCCCGGGGUGUCGGUUCAAUAGAUGUGUUCAAGAAGGGAUGGUGCCGGAAAGUGUGGCCCGACGAGACGGUUGUCAACGACGCCUGGUUGAUGCUAACGGGAAAAAACUAAUUCCGGGAGCUGGUGGCACUUCAUGUGAUCUCAAACCCGGUGAACCAUCAACAUCCACGGAGGCUGACCGAGCGAUCGACAUGACCUUCAACGCGAAUAAAGUGCGUUAUUCGAGCAACCAAGUGGCCCAAUGUUUUGCGAGGAUCUCGUUGCAUAUCAUCGAUUUUUGUCGUAAUUUGCCAGAGAUAUGGUUGUUGUCGCCUGGCGAUCGUCUUCUCCUCAUCGCACGACAUCAACUCUUCAUUUACCCAUUCAUGCUAUUUUUUGCAACCUAUGUGGAAAAAUAUGAUGGUAUUAUUCUUGGACUUGGGGCUGUAUUCCACGAGCGGCGUGAGGAUAUGAAUAUGAUCAACGAUUUCCUCCCUCAUGUCGCUGUACUGCUACACCGCUAUAUAAUCCCCUUAUUCAAAGAACAUAUAAUUCGAACAACAUCGGAUGCGAAAAAGGCGCAACAAAAAGUGGAAAAGCUCAUGGAAUUUAUGCAAGUGAUAGUGGAUUUGGCCGCGAAACAGGGAAACUAUUUUGCUCAAUGCGUGGCGCUGAAUAAAGCGCAUAUGAAGGGACGAUUUUCGGGCGAUCUGUAUCUUACUUGU